UAUUACACAAUUAAUUUUCUUAAUUUCUCGAUCAAAUGGCAGAAUUACGCGACGAAUUCGGAAACCCAAUUCAGCUAACCGAUGAACUUGGCAAUCCAGUUAAACUGACCGACGAACACGGCAACCCAGUUCAUAUCACCGGAGUUGCAACCCCCGUAGGCGCCGGAGGAACACUGAAAGACAUGUUUAAGAAAGAUGAGCCCGUGGAUUUGUUUAAGAAAGAUGAGCCCGUAGAUUUCUUUAAGAAAGAAGAGUCUUCCGCCGUUAUGAGCGGUGCCGCUCUAAGCGGCGGUCGUCAUCCGGUGGAGAAGAUUGAUAAGCCCUCCUCGAUGAAGACUAAGCUUGAUCGUUCAUCCAGUUCAAGUUCUAGCUCGUCGGAGGAGGAUGAUGGUAUGGGUGGAAGAAGGAAGAAGGGACUGAAAGAGAAGCUGAGGGAGAAACUGAAUCUGGGAAAGGAGAAGGAGAAGGAAGAGGGAGCGUUUGCUGCUCCGGUUGCAUUUCCGGCGACUGUUCCGGCGGCGAAGGUUACUACUUAUCCGGCGGAGCCACUGCAUGAGAAGAAGAGUAUGCUUGAGAAGAUUAAGGAAAAGCUUCCAGGACACCAUGGGCACUAGCUACCUAGAUCAAUAAUAAUAAUAAUAAAAAUAAUAAUAAUAAUAUGAAGGUAGCUGGCCUUGUUUGUUGAUCUUUAAUUUACUGUAAUUUC